AUGUCCACAGUAUCCCCGGAUACCUUCAAAUCCGCUGGUCCCUUCCUGCUGGGGUACUUCCUCAACUAUGGACUGUACGGUGCCCUUACAGUUCAGAUGUACAUCUAUUACUUGGCCUUCCCAAACGACCGUACCGCCGUUAAAGCUAUGGUUUACGGCCUGUAUCUCGUCGAAACGAUGCAACUUGUCAUGAUCACCCACGAUGCGUUCCAGGAUUUUGUCUUUGGGUUUGGGCGACCUGGAGCGUUGAACGAGCUCAAUCUGCUUUGGUUCGAUUGCUGUGUCAUUGAUGGGGCAGUAGCGUUUGUGGUGCAAUCAUUCUUUGCUUAUAGGAUAUUUUUGUUAUCCAAGUCGAAGGCGCUAACAUGCAUCAUUGUGUUUAUAUCGCUCAUGCAAUUCGGGGGUGCCGUCGCUACAGCGGGCAUGGAUAAGACCGUCGGUGUUUUUUCACAAGUUCGAGGAAAUUUCAUUGCGGUGUCCUUCUGGUUAGGAGGAAGUGCAGCAUGCGAUAUUGUGAUAGCAGUCUCAACGACCUACAUUUUAUCUAGAUACGACUCGAGCUUCCGUGAUACAAAGGAUGUCAUUAGACGUCUCAUCCGGUUGACUAUGGAGACUGGGAGUUUGACUGCCACUGUAGCAACUUUAGACCUCUUCCUCUUCCUCUCGUCCGACUUCCCGUAUCAUGUAACACCCGCUUUGACGUUGGCCAAGCUUUACUCCAAUUCAAUGAUGGUGAUCUUCAAUAGCAGACUCACAACCAUGGGUGGGCGAGGGCAGUCAUCAACAUCGAGUGAGGAAGGGCUAUCGAUAAUUUGGGAAAGGCAUCCGGGCUUGGAGUCACUGUCUCGGGUCCAACCAAAACGACUGCAGACAUGUCAUUCGGAGCUUAGAGUCGGGGUUGGGUGUAAGGUUGAGGACCAUGCUGCUGACGGUCAAAGCAGAGUGCAGCAUUCAAAUAUGGAAACUUCGCACACAUCCGUUCAAUUUGGUGAACUAGAGGAAGACUUUUAA